GAUGUUACCAAGCUGACGCCUCUGUCGCCAGAAGUCAUCAGCAGACAAGCAACAAUUAAUAUAGGUACAAUUGGCCAUGUAGCCCAUGGGAAGUCGACAGUAGUCAAAGCCAUAUCUGGAGUUCAUACUGUCAGGUUUAAAAAUGAACUGGAAAGAAAUAUCACGAUCAAGCUGGGUUAUGCCAAUGCAAAGAUUUACAAGCUGGAUGACCCAAGCUGUUCCCGGCCAGAGUGCUACCGAUCCUGUGGAAGUAGCACCCCAGAUGAGUUCCCUACAGAUAUUCCUGGCACCAAAGGGAACUUUAAACUAGUCAGGCAUGUCUCUUUUGUGGAUUGUCCUGGCCAUGAUAUUUUGAUGGCUACUAUGUUGAACGGUGCAGCAGUAAUGGAUGCAGCUUUACUGUUGAUAGCUGGUAAUGAGUCAUGCCCUCAACCCCAGACCUCAGAACAUCUAGCUGCUAUAGAAAUCAUGAAACUGAAACACAUUUUGAUUCUACAGAAUAAGAUUGAUUUGGUGAAGGAGAGCCAGGCUAAAGAACAGUAUGAACAGAUUCUUGCAUUUGUGCAAGGUACAGUUGCAGAAGGAGCUCCAAUAAUUCCGAUCUCAGCACAGCUGAAAUACAACAUUGAGGUAGUUUGCGAGUAUAUAGUGAAGAAAAUCCCAGUCCCUUUGCGAGACUUCACAUCUGAACCAAGGCUUAUUGUAAUUAGAUCUUUUGAUGUCAACAAACCUGGCUGUGAAGUUGAUGACCUUAAGGGGGGUGUAGCUGGUGGCAGUAUUCUAAAGGGUGUUUUAAAGGUGGGCCAGGAAAUUGAGGUCCGGCCUGGUAUUGUGUCCAAGGACAGUGAAGGAAAACUCAUGUGCAAGCCAAUCUUUUCCAAAAUAGUGUCACUCUUUGCUGAACACAAUGAUCUACAAUAUGCUGCUCCAGGAGGUCUUAUAGGUGUUGGAACUAAGAUUGAUCCCACGUUGUGUCGGGCUGACCGAAUGGUAGGCCAAGUUCUUGGUGCCGUGGGAGCGCUGCCAGAGAUAUUUACAGAGCUAGAAAUUUCCUAUUUCUUGUUGAGACGACUAUUAGGUGUGCGCACUGAAGGAGACAAGAAAGCUGCAAAGGUGCAAAAAUUAUCAAAGAAUGAAGUUUUAAUGGUAAACAUAGGAUCCCUGUCUACUGGAGGGAGAGUCAGUGCAGUAAAGGCUGAUUUGGGGAAGAUUGUGCUAACUAACCCAGUAUGCACAGAAGUGGGAGAAAAAAUUGCCCUGAGUCGAAGAGUUGAGAAACACUGGCGUUUAAUUGGUUGGGGUCAAAUCAGAAGAGGAGUGACAAUCAAGCCAACUGUUGAUGAUGACUGAAGAACAAAAGAGAGUGCUUCAUUUUUAAAGAUGAAGUGCCUAUUUCUAUUUUGGAGGGGGGAUACCUUCACAGUGAAAUUGGAAGCUGUACAAACAUUAUCUUUGAGUUGUAUGGCUGUCCUUGUACACUUCAUUGAAUUUUACCCUGUUACUAAAAUACUAGUCACUAUCACCAUUAAAAGUGUAAAAGAAUUGGUGUAGAAGUGGGUUUAAUUAUCCACAUUUUAGUAGAAAUUAAUUGUACAUGUCCCAUGGCAUGUCUAAUUUAUGUCAUUUUGUGUUUCAGACAUAUCUGUUUAAUAUCAGUCAAGCCGGCCCCAGUGUAACACACAAACCAUAAAUCUGGUAUUGAAAUAAAAUUUUGCCUAUUUUCAUUAAUUCAUACAAUUUUUCCAAGUAACAAAAGACUGCAGAGGUUGUUCAACGAGUACAAGAAUUAAAAGCAAAAAAAA